GCGGGGUCACAGUGGGAGACCAGGGUUAUGUAAACUCUUAAAGGCCAAAGAGUUGGGAACGACCUGCGCGGAGCCUGGAAACCGAGUUAUAUACCAAAGAAGCCACAGCCCUUCCUUGAGCAUUCUGGUGGUGAAGGGGCUCUGCAGACCUGCCAGCCAUGAAGCGCGCGCCCCGCCUGCUGCUGCUGCUGAUGACUGUGCUACCGCUGCUGCGAGCCUCGGAGGACACGCCGGAGCCCUGCGAGCUGGACGAUGAAGAUUACCGCUGCGCCUGCAACUUCUCGGAUCCGGAGCCCGAUUGGGCCAGCGGCUACCAGUGUAUGGCUGCCGUCGAGGUGGAGCUCCGAGCCGGCGGCCACAGCCUAGAGAAAUUUCUAGAGCGCGCCGACAAGGACCCUCCGCAUUACGCUGACAUGGUCAAGGCUCUGCGCUUACGGAGGCUCACUGUCGGCGCUGCCCGGGUUCCUGCCCGGCUCCUGUUCGCCGUCCUGCGUGCGCUCGGUUAUUCCCGCCUUAAGGAACUGACGCUCGAGGACCUAGAGGUAACCGGCACGUCGCCGCCGCCGCCUCUGGAAGCCACCAGGCCUGCACUCUCCACCCUUCGCCUCCGCAAUGUGUCGUGGGCGACCGGGGGUGCCUGGCUCGCUGAGCUGCAGCAGUGGCUCAAGCCUGGCCUCAAGAUACUGAGCAUUGCGCAAGCACAGUCGCUGGCCAUUUCCUGCGAACAGCUCCGCGCCUUCCCGGCACUCACCAGCCUAGACCUGUCGGACAACCCUGGACUGGGCGAGCGCGGGCUGACCGCCACCCUCUGUCCGCACAAGUUCCCGGUCCUCCAGGAACUCGCGCUGCGCAACGCGGGGAUGGAGACGCCUACCGGCGUGUGCACCGCGCUGGCGGCGGCCGCUGUGCAACCCCACCGCCUAGACCUCAGCCGCAACGCGCUGCGCGCCACCGCACACCCCGGCGCACCCCGGUGCACCUGGCCCAGCAAGCUGAGCUCUCUCAACCUGUCCUUCGCUGGGCUGGAGCAGUUGCCUAAGGGACUGCCGGCCAAGCUUAGCGUGCUGGAUCUCAGCUGCAACAGGCUGAACAGGGCGCCACGGCCAGACGAGCUGCCCGAGGUGGGAAACCUGACACUGUUCGGGAAUCCCUUUUUGGACCCUGGAGCCACUAAACCCCACGAGGACCCUCUGAACUCUGGUGUGAACCGAAACUGUGCGCCUUAGCUUCUGGCCCUGGGGAUGUCAGGAACCCUGGAGCCUUCUCCCAGGGUCCUGAGGCUCAUCCAAGGCCCAGCGGAGAAGAAUGAAUGUGGGAGUUAAAGGGCUGAUCAAGACAUCUAGAUCAAGCAACCCUGUGCCACACAUUUAAUAAAAUGUUAACCAGCGUGUCCUUAUCA